AUGGAGCGCCCCCAGCCGAAACGCCCGCCGCUGGCCGCCGCGGCCGAGCCGCCGCGGCCGGCCACGCUCAUCCCCGCCCAUGUGGUGGACCACGCCUCGCAACGGCUCUUUGCCUUGCUGGUGUUUGCAGCUAUCCAGUGUUGGAAGGUGUACGACAUUUUGCUCGUCAAAGCGGACGCCCCGGCGGCCGCGGCGCUGUUGACGGCGUUGAACAACUUCACGUUCGUGCUCAAAUACGCGUUGGUUGACGGCGUCUUCCUCUGGCUGUUGCCGGUGUUGCGCAUCCCGCUCCUCGACUUCCUGCCGCUUGCCACGCUCGUGCUCACCGCGGCCAUCAACCUGGCCAACUUUGCGCUCGCCAGCGACAGCGCGUUGCCGCUUUUGUCCAGCACAUUGGUGCCGCUCUGGAACCUCUUCCACCGGCACAAGGAGCUCUCCAUCUUGGGCGACGCCGUGCCCGCCGCCGCGCCCGUGGACAUGAACGCGCACUUCCGCGGCAGCUACACCAUCCAGUACGUGCCCGAGUCCUCGGCCUUGCUCAACCCGUUUGGCUUCGGCAACAUGUGCCUCGAGGCGCCGGACCUGGACUCGCACACGUUCCCCCGCGCCCUCCGCCUCCCCCUCGAGCUAAACACGACCAGCGAAGUGGGCGCCAUUCUGCUCCAGCGGCUCACGCCCGAAAACACCGUCGAGUACCUCAACUACUCGCGCAGCGACAUCCGCAAGUUGGCGCGCAAGGACCACUCUGCCUACGCCCACUUGCCCGGCUACGUGGCCAACGACGCGCGUGUGUUCUACCUCGACGCCGAGAUCCGGCACCCGGGCCGGUACCGCAUCCACCGCGUGCUCGACGUGGACGGCAUGGUCAUCCGGGCAUACAAAAGCGACUUUUCCGUCGGCUACUGCCCCUCGGCCAAGCUCGUGUACCCGGGCCCCGCCGCGGCGUACGCGGGCUACAAAUGCUUCUCCAAAUCUGCGGCCGACCUCCCGUGGUCCGUGCCCAUGGUGGCCGCGUCCGGCAUGCUCCCCUUGACCGUGCACUUUGCCACCUACCAGAACGGCCAGAAGAUCACCACCUUCCACAAGACGCUCGACGAGCUCCGCCCGGAGACGCCCUCCGCGGCCGCGCGCCUCCAGAGCCACCAGCUCACGCGCAACGCCAUCGAGCAGGAGCUAUUGCGCGCGCCGCACAUCUUCAACGACGCGGCCCUGGGCUCCUUGGAGUUCCAGCUCUUGGCCGUGGCCGACGCGCAUGGCAACCAGCGCCUCUACAACGACAGGUCGAAGGACCAAGACGUGCAUUUCGCCAUCAGCCUCAAGCAGGCACCGGCCCUUGCGUUGCGCGACAAGCACCCGGCGCGGAAGCUCGUGUGGAACUCGCGGAAGACGCUCCAUAUCGAGACCACCGGCACCGCCAGCUUCCCGCUCACGGUUUCGCUCGUGCACGCCGACGGAAACUCGCCGCCCCGCACCAAGACCCUCGACUUCACCUUCGCCAGCCAAGACGAGCUUGCACGCGGCUUGCAGAUCUCCGAGCCAGGCUCCUACGUCCUCCAGUCGGCCUCCGACAAGUACUGUCCCUGCGACGCCGACAGCACACCCGUCCGCAUAGUGCGCCCUCCGCUUCCGUCCGUGAAAAUCACCGACGUGCCGAUCUUCGACAAGUGCGUCGGCACGAUUGGCUAUGAGUUCGAUCUCAAGUUCCUGGGCUCCGCUCCGUUCGAGGUUCUGUACGAAGUCUUCAAGAACUCUUCUGGGAUCAUAAAGCCCGUGCUAAGUGACCGAGGCUCCAAGCAACAUAGGCUGAAGUCCCUCAAGUCCGACUACAGCUUCCAGUUCAAACCGAAAACAGAAGGCAACUACAUCUUGAAGUUCAAGAGCAUCAAGGAUUUGCACUACAGCCACGACCCAGUUCUUGUUUCCGAGGAGGAAAACACGUUUUCAACUUACAUCAAGAAGAGAUCGCAAGUCAUGUUCUUCAAGGACCCCCUGACAAAGUCAAAAACCAUUCGCUUAUGUAAAGGUCAGCUGACGCAGGUGCCAGUGUAUUUCGACGGUCAUUUCCCAUUUUCUUUCUCUCAUGAUAUCGUCGACUUGCAAACAGGAAACAUCUUAAAAACCGUGAAGCACCAAAAACAGUACGACAACAGCAUGCUCCUCGAGGUGCCGAGCUUCCUUAACGGAGGAGAGUUUGGCGUGCGCUUGCAUGAUGUGACUGAUAGUCUUGGUUGUUCUGCUGAAUUCCCACAUCCACAGGAAAUUACAAUCAAAGCCAGAAAGGAUGUGCCUCUGGUCGAGAUUGCUGACUCAUCGUCCUCUUUUGCGGCAGAAGGUGACGCCAUCAGGAUACCUUUGCGCGUCCAGUCGAGUCUGGGGCUUUCGCCGGAUGAUGAAAUUGUAUAUCUGUGGUCAAGCCUUUCGGAUCAAAGACUCUCGAAGAACUCUACAUUGCAUGGACGGUCCGGUUUAGUGGUGCGCGAAGAAGGUGUUUACAAGCUUGAAUCAUUCACUAAUGCUGGAUGUCUGGGGCAGGUAAUGAAUAGUGGCAAGACCUUCACUUUGCGACAUUACGCCAAGCCAAAUCUUACCAUCAUCCCGGAACCUGAACAACUACUUGGUGAAGGAUCUGGCAUCUUUUCUUUCAGACCACUUUGCCAAGAUGAUACUCAAAGCGUGAAAAUCAGAUUAGAGGGAAGGAAGCCAUUCACUGUGAAUUACGAAAUACAGUCUCCAGGUGGCAGGCUGAAGGCUUCACUGGUAGAAAUCGACAACAACGAGGUUCUGAUUCCCCUACCCUCCCUGAAUGAGGGUACAUAUAAUAUUAUUUUCAGUGGGGUCUCCGACGCGAUAUACACCAAGGAAAAACUAAUGAGACUCUCUCACAAGCAAACCAGAAGUGCUGUGACGUAUGAUGUCAAGGCGCAUCCAGUUUUGCGUGUGAAGCAACCUUUUUUCCAGCUUUGCGAGACAAUGGUGAAUGAUGAGUUUGAUCUCCAAAUUCCAGUGGCUCUCGAGGGCGAAGCUCCUUUCAAGAUACAAGGAACUAUUCUUAACAGAAACGAAGGUCAAGCGAAACCAUUUAUUGUGGAAGGCAUUCGUGAGUCCACCAUUAGCAUUGCUGAUUUGAAUCUUCCACAAUCUUACAAAGGAUUCUCGGUCGGCGAGCAUGAGAUCAAGUUUGAGGCUAUUUCCGACGCAAGCCACUGCGAAAGUCUGAAACUCACAGAACUGAACAAGGUUGUCAUUUCAAUCACAAAAGUCCCUAGCAUCACGAAGCAGAAGCAGAAAGAAUACUACUGUGUCGGUGAUCGGGUAUCGUAUGAAAUGUCUGGUGUCUCUCCUUUUGUCGUUUAUUACAAGUUCAACGACCAGAACAGAAAGGCAGACCUGAAGUCGCAAUUCACGCGUUUAGCCACAAAGGCUGGCGACUUGGCCAUAGUGGCUAUCCAGGAUUCGUCAGCUAGCCAAUGUUUUGUCAAUUACACCAAGCUCGAAGAACAAUUUGAGGAGUUGAAAAUAAAAGUCCACGACUUGCCUUCGGUUGAGAUUAGUCAUGGAGACAGCAUUAUCAAGAACCUCCAUGAAGGUGACAAGUCUGAGAUCACGUUCAAGUUUAUUGGAACACCACCAUUUCUGGUCACGUACGUCCGCACACUAGCCUCUGAGGAUGAGCAGCAUAAGAGGAAGAAAGGAUCCAGAGCGCAUAAAGGUCCUAGAAAGGUGGUUGAAACAAAGACGAUAAGUGAUAUCUGGGACUACGAGUACUCUGAAGUUGUGAGUUUGCAGGGUACGUAUGAUGCCAUCGAAGUCCAUGACGCGUUCUGUGGCGCUUCUAGAGACGUUCGAGAGAUCUUGUGA